AUGACUCCUCUAGACAGCCGAAACUAUACGGUGGGGUGGAUUUGCGCCCUGCCCGUCGAGAUGGCAGCCGCAACAGCCAUGCUCGACGAAGAACACGGCAAACCAACGCAACAGGAUUCCCACGACAAGUACACAUACACUCUUGGGAAGAUAGGACAGCACAAUGUUGUCAUAGCCUGUUUGCCUGACGGUGUGGUUGGCACAACUUCAGCUGCCGCCUUGGGUGUACAGAUGAGAUCCAGUUUCAGAUGUAUUCGGUUCGGCCUGAUGAUUGGAGUCGGUGGCGGAGUCCCUUCUCGCCUACACGAUAUCAGGCUUGGCGAUGUCGUCGUCAGUAAGCCACGGGGAACUUCGAGCGGAGUUAUUCAAUACGACUAUGGGAAAGCAGUUGAAAACGGACAGCUGAUAAUGGAUGGAUCCUUGAACAAGCCACCGAAGACAUUGUUGACAGCAAUGUCUAGCCUUGAGGCUGACCAUUUGCGGCGCGGGAAUGGUAUAAGUGGUCAUAUUAGUAAGAUGCUAUAUAAACACCCACAUAUGCAGCAACACUUCAAACACCAAGGACCGGAGAACGAUAUACUCUAUGCUGCCGAUUAUAAGCAUGCAACUGGGCCUCAUUGCGUGCAAUGCGAUCCUAAACAACAAAUUAUUCGAGCGCCACGAAUCUCGUUGAACCCUGCGAUCUUCUACGGGACAAUUGGGUCUGGAAACCAGGUAAUGAAAGACGGAAUUACUAGAGAUAAACUUGCUAGCGAGAAAGAUAUUUUAUGUUUUGAAAUGGAAGCAGCCGGCUUGAUGGACCACUUCCCUUGUCUUGUUAUCAGAGGGAUCUGCGAUUAUGCAGAUUCACAUAAAAACAAGAGGUGGCAGGAAUACGCCGCAGCUACUGCUGCAGCCUACGCAAAAGAACUAUUAUGUACAAUUCCUGCCAGUUACGAUGACGACGAGGAUCUGUGGAUGAUAGAUGGGCUCCGAGCACGAUCCAAUACUGGGAGUUCUAUAGGGUCUGGGUCUAGCCUUAGUCGGCGGCCGACUAUUGCCUUAGAAAAUAUUAAUAUGGAUGCACUGCCGUCCUCGGUGUUUGAAUUAUCAAGCAGGCUCUAUGCUAAAGAAGACAUCUCUCUUGCCAGCCUAAUACCAGAUCGGCGGUACCCAAAUCAAGACGCUUUAGCAGAAAUCCAACUAGAAGAAUGGAAGGAUUAUUCGGUAUCUAUAGACCGGAAUUUCAGCGACUUUGUCAAAUCGAACGCGAAGUCCAAUUCCAGUUUCAAGCGGGCCCUUAGUAAAAUAUUCCUAUCGCCGACCGUCAAGGAGGUCGGUGGCGAUGUACAGAUUCUGGCAGAAGAAAGCCGUGUUUAUAUGAUGCGGCAGCCACGGGAAAUUUUUAAACAGCUAUCAGGGCGACAGUCGGUCAGAGACUGGUUGACGGAUUAUUACGUGAAUUCCGAUGAAGACAUCUACUUCAUCGUCGGUUACCGAACACUCGUAAAUGCCCAAUUUGUGGCAACAGAUCUGAAAGUGAAUCAAAAAGCACGGCAGAGUCGAUCACAUCCUGGGCCCCGCGAGAACUACAGAUACGAAACUACAGGAGAGCGGAUAUAUGCUAUCUGCUUUCGUAGAGUGAGCAUCACAUCACUUCGAAAUGGCACUCCUGGAUCAAUGUUAGAUUCAACGAAUUAUUGGAAGACAUUCACAGAAGACCGUGGCAUGGACAUGGAUACGGAGGAAGAGAUACUUUCCGCCGACCUAGAGGAGGAAGAUGAUCUUGAAGAAGAAGCCUUCGGAAUAACCACUGGAGGGCCUGAUGAUAGUGAACUCGAACUUGUCGUUUAG